UACAAACUCUGUACAAUCUCAGUGUAUAUUCAACAUUCCAUAGCAUUCGUCUACUUAAUGCUACGGAAAACCAGAAUCUAAAAAAAAAAAAAUUCAAACACACAGCUCAAGUAGUCGUUGAUCUAAACUUUGAUCACGAAUCCAUCGAUAUUUCAACGUUAGUUAAAAAGUUUAUAUAUAUUUACUCAUAACGUCUGUUUGGUUUCGCUUCAUUCAGCCGGAAGAGCCGAAAGUUUUCAAAACAAAUAAAACAUUCGUCAACAGCAAAAUAUUUUUUUAAAUUUCGGUAUAUAUUUUAAUUUGGUUUUAAAAGAGAAGCCGUUAGAGCUUUCAUUCCAAAUUCCUGAAAGGUAAAUAUAUAUAAUUUUAAAUCGGACUUCAAGGACUUUUUGGAAGUGCAGCUGCUACAAUAUGGCUGAUAAGUACUCGGAGCCGAAAACUGAUUUAAACAACUUUGACAAGGAUUUGUGCUCACGCAAUCCCAUAACUGGCAUGGGCCUAAACGGAGAUGGGGUCGGUGGACUAAAGCCCAAGAUAGCCAAGAGCCGAGCGGGCAAUCCGGUGACUGGCGAGGGCUACAGCGCAGGUCUCACUGAUUUGGAUUUUAUGCGAAAGAUUAGCCGUCGCCCAGGUCCGAUGUCCCAUUAGUGUUUCCCUUAUUUACUGCUCCAACAACAAGAACACGCCCCUCACAUAGGAACCAUGCCAUGUACGGUUUGCCUAACAACACGACGCUGUUUGACAUUUUAAAUAUACGAUUUUGCUGCAUAACACGAAAAAAUAAACUGGGUAUGACAAACUAA